UUGACCUAAUCAUUUGUGUGCUGAUCUCUCUCUGCCAUUAUUAUAAAUUAUUCGGUCAACACCAUUGAGACUAUUCGGUAGUCGUCUCGUAAGAUUAGCGAAUAUAUUUCCUACGUCAUCCGACCUUCAAGAAUGUCUCCCGCGUGAGAUAUUAACGACUUCGCAGAAGAGAGCGAUCCAUCCGAUGUGAUUAUUUUAUCCUCGUUCGAUCUUCAACGGCCUUGCUGCUGUAAGGCGUUAACCCGACGUUAGCGGUAUCAACAGAAAGCCAACGGUCUUUCACAACGGUCUUCUCGGUACAUAGUCAGUAAAUACUUAAUCUAGACGCGAGCUGACCCUCGGUGACCUCGAUACAAGAUACUAACUCGACAUUUCCGACGCUUUCUGUGAUGCGCAUUACGCGACUAUAAACCGCUCGUCAUAUGGACGUGGCCAUUCCAGUUAGUAUGGAAACAGCCAAGAUGUACAUCAGCGAACCGCAGAACGGUCAUACGACCACCAAAUACGCCUCGACCAACUCCAUCCCGGCGAUGAUGGAGCAGGAGUCGUCGCUGGCGAGGAUCCUCGGCGCCGUCGGAAGGCAUCGCGAGAACGCAGCGAUCCUGCGGGACACAAAGACUCGCCGGCACAGUGUUCUCGAGGAUCUGAAAGCUCGACGAGACAGCCUGAUCCAAAGGGCUCGUAGGGUCAGCAUGUUUGAGGAGAAGGAGAAUAGUUCCAAGGACACUGCUAAGGACAACAUCAAGAUCGACGUCAAGGAUAGCAACGUGAAGGAGAAGACAAAGGAUAAAAGGAGGGGCAGCGAAAGUGGCAGGAGAGGCUCGGUGUUCUACGUGUCUGAGGAUCUGCUGGAGGAGAAUCAGGAAGUAUUGGAGAACGAAGACCGUGACCGCUUGGCUCAGGAGGCUAAAAAGGCACGCCGGAAAUCCUGGCAUCCACUCGUCAAGCCGCCCAAGCUGGAUCGGAAAAGAAGGAAGGGCGUGGUGUCUGGUAUUCCCUCUGGUGUGCCUUCGGAGAUUGGCAGCACAGAGGGACUUUUUUCGCCAAAUUAUCCGCGACAGAAGAGGCCAUCCUGGUGGAAUAUUUUCAUACCGGAGUCCAGGUCCAGGCGUUUCUCUCAGGAUGUCACAACCUCGAAAUCGACGGAAAACCUCUCAACGUCUUAUGUCAGGAGCAAGAGCCGUAGUGUGGAUCAUGGAUUUACGGCACCCUUCGAUUUGGACGCUCUGCGGAACAAGGUCGAAGGACGUUUUGAAUCUGUGGAUAAACUCUCGAGAGAUUCCGAUAACGAGAGCAAAGAUGGCUCCACGACACAGGAAAAGAAACACGGCCGUGUCUCGCAGCCCAUCAAUACUAUUGCCUAUACGGUGGGUGAUAGAGACACGCUUACAUCAGUGGCAGCAAGAUUCGAUACGACGCCAUCCGAGCUGAGCAAAUUGAAUAGGCUCGGAAGUACUUUCAUUUAUUCCGGUCAACAGUUAUGGGUGCCGGCGAAAGGAGAAGGACGUCCGGGAGGCGGAUCAGCCGCAGAUGCGCCCAGCCCUGACCCUUGCCACGAUCAUGAGUCUCAGGAUGACCUACCACCCGAAGAAAAAGAACUUCUGGAUAAUUUGAGACCAGUGUCACCAAAGCCAGGCCAUAUGGAACGUAUAAAAACACCUCUUGGAACAUCCAGCGUGGCUGCAGAUGAAGAUGAACAACCAUUCAGAGAAAGAUUUCUAAAAAUUAAUGUCAGGCAUAUCACAGAUGGUCAGGGUGUAGUUGGCGGUGUGUUGUUAGUUACGCCAAACGCAGUUAUGUUCGAUCCAAACGUGUCUGAUCCUCUUGUUAUCGAGCACGGUGCUGAAUCUUAUGGAGUGAUUGCUCCCAUGGAAUUUGUAGUCAACGCUGCAAUUUAUUACGAUAUCGCACACAUGAGGGUCUCCCAUACCGAAUCCGGACAUUUAGACAAAAAACCUGAAAUUUAUUACAUGAAAAAACCUCAAAUAGAUAAUCGUAAAUGUCAGUCUCCGGGGAAAGAUGAAAAUUUCCCUGAAUUAGCAGGCGACGAUAGCGAAAGUGUGUGUAGCUGUGCCGAGAGAGACGGCGAUGCUUUUCCAAAGGCCUUUGAGCGAGAGCUUGUCACUCCUACCAAUCUCCAGAGUGAGGAGAAUUUAACCUCGACCAAAGAUAAAGAGAAAGAGAAAGAAAGUAAUGAGAAAGAAUUUUGCACUGGCGGCCAAGCUAGUAGAACUUUAGAGGAACGCAGACGUUCCAUGCUUGACCAUCAUUGGGCAGUUCCUAGCAAAGAUCGAAGUACAUUUUCAGUUGAUGACGAACAACAAGAUUCACUAAAUUCUGAUAAGCAGGCGGAACCACCAGCUAAAUCAAAUGCUAUUCCUGAGGACGAAGAAGGAUCUCUAGUCAAAUUGUCGUGCCAUGAUUCUGGUAUCGAUAUCCGUGAUCCUAAUCCACCUAUUCCAGUAGUACAGCCUAUACCAUCAAAAAAAGUUUACUCAGAUGCGGAUAUUGUUUUAUCCUCGGAUUGGGUCCCUCCAAUAACGAUAGCACCAACGAAUGUUACAAGUACGUUGGAAGCCAGUUCUGCUAUUAAUGGCAGGAAAAAAGCCAGCUCGGUGUCCUUUAGCUUAGAGAGUAACGCAGAAGAGCCCGAAAAGGAUGAAGAACACAAAGAAGAUGAUAAACAGGAAACUCGAAAGAAUAAGAUGCUAAAACGUCUGUCGUAUCCAUUGUCCUGGAUGGAAGGUUUAACUGGAGAGAAGGAUGACGAGAGCAGUAAAUCCAUCUCUGACAAAAUGUCAAGCCUUCCAAACAGUGCGGAUUCCCAUCAUUCCUCUGUUUUCAGCAAAGUCUUCUCGAGCUCGCCGAUCAACCUGGUGAGUGACUUUAGCUCGGGCCUGUUUGCUAAAACCCCCAGCGAAGAGAGUGGCGGGGGCGGUAGAGCGGGCGGAACUCCUCCGCUUACCGCCUCCUCUCUCUCCCAGGACUCCAGCAAUUUCUCACCUGGUCCAGGAAGCCUCAUUGGACGUUCUUCCGUGGGUACUUUUAUUAGACAGCAACCUUUAACAUCUUCUGGCAGCAGUAGCGUUGAUAGCAGUCGAGGUAGCAAAACUUCUACGACGGCGCCUCGAUUGGAUUACCGCAGUAUGGUCUCGGUCGACGAUAUGCCGGAAUUAUUUGUGAGUUUCGACAAACUGAUUCCACGACCUGCUCGUUCUUGCGAGGACCCACCAUUGUACCUGAGACUACGAACAGGAAGACCCAAGGACAAGAAGAUACCACGAUCGACGCCAAUUAUGAGCUACGGCAAAAAGAAACUGCGUCCCGAAUACUGGUUCAGCGUGCCACGCAACAGAGUGGACGAUCUGUAUAGGUUCAUUCAUGCAUGGGUGCCGAACCUGUACGGCGAGCUGGAUGAGAACUACUGGCGAGAACGCGGCUACAUCCUGUCCGAUACCGACACUGACCUGUCGCCGGAACUGUCACCCCACGAAAGUGGCGAAGGCGCGGAUUCCACGGAGGAGAGCAAGGCUCGCGAUGGACAAGGUGACGACAUCAGCGAAUUGACAAGAGAGUCCUGGGAGCUGAUCAAGGCCCCCUACGUAAAGCUGUACAGCAUCCUGAAGACCUCGAGCACAUCGGCCGAUUCCGAGCAGAUCCAGGAUUCGGAGGUACUGUCUAUGAGCGAGGAGUUCAGGCGAGCUCUUUACGCAAACAGUGCCAUUUCUCUGGACAAUGACGUCAUCGUGCCCGAUCUCAUCGGCACAACGGAAAUACUCAGCGAUGAACACAGGGAACAGCUCUGUCGUCAUCUGCCCGCGAGAGCGGAGGGCUACCAAUGGACUCUCGUCUUCAGCACUAGUCAGCAUGGCUUCAGCCUCAAUAGCAUGUAUCGAAAAAUGGCUAAGGUCGAGAGUCCAAUCCUGUUAGUCAUUGAAGACACGGAGGGAAACGUGUUUGGUGCACUGACCUCAUGCUCGCUACACGUGAGCGAUCACUUUUACGGUACCGGCGAAUCCCUGCUCUUCAGGUUUACGCCGAGGUUCCAAUGUUUCAACUGGACCGGGGAUAACCUGUAUUUCAUCAAGGGCAAUAACGAAAGCUUAGCAAUCGGUGCUGGAGACGGCAAGUUUGGGCUCUGGUUAGACGGUGAUCUGUAUCAGGGCAGGACACAAUCCUGCAGUACAUACGGCAACGAGCCGUUGGCGCCACGCGAAGAUUUCGUCGUUAAAACAUUGGAAUGUUGGGCGUUCAUAUAGGACACGGCCUCAUAUUCCCAGCCCGUUACUCCUUCGCCAUCGCCACAGCCUAAUUUAACCUGAACUUGUGAACCUUACGAAGAUUUCGUCUCCAAGAGAGAUUAGAGGAAAACUAACUAUUCUAAGGACAUUGUCGGAAGAGUUGAGUCGGAUCAAUGGUGUCACAACACCGAUUAAUUCUAUCACCAUUUGGGGAAAUCUCGCCCAGUGAUAAACAUGAUGGUUCUCCGAGGAGAAAAAAACGUUGUCAAUGUCCGCACGAGAAGAGACAACGAGAGCAUUGCCUGAAGAUGGUGAAAUCGACGAGAAGCAGCCUUGAAAGGGAUGCGGACGGUAAAAAGAGACUGUCAUGGCCCGAAGUUAUGCGAUCAUAGCGCGUGCCUAUUUACAUAUCGCGUAACUACUGAGUAUCGUUAAUUGCCCCUGACUCCCCAGUCUUUUUUAAGUUGGCGUAUUUAUUUUAUUUUUUUAUAUUCUGUUGAAUGAGAUUGUCGCUCGUCAAUUUGAUUUGUGGUUAUUGUAAGUUGACCGAGAGAGAGUCGAAGAAUUAUGAUUACUUUGUAUAAUAAUCGUUACUUCGAACUAGUCGUGAGUUUACACAUUUAACGCCGAUAUAAAGAUAAUUAUGAUAAUGAUGAUGAUGAUGUUGAUGAUGAUGAUGAUGAUGAUGAUGAUGAUGAUGAUGAUGAUGAUGAUGAUGAUGAUGAUGAUAACGAUAAUAAUGAUGAUAAUGUAAAUGCAGAUGUAUAAUGAUGAUGGUGAUAAAAGAAUGAAAGUGUGAAUGAUUGGAAACGAUAUGGAUGGUAAAUACGAGGCGAGAUAUAUAACGUUUGAAAGAAAAUACAAUUUACAAAUUCAAUAUGAUGAAGAUGCUAAAACUAACAGUUUGUUGAUGUGUAGAUAAUGUAGAUAGUAAAUGUAAAUAUAUAUAUAUAUAUAUACACAUACAUACAUAUUAUAUAUAUACUAUGAUCGUGUUGCAAUGAUUGAUUUUGACGGUAUAGGUAGAGAGAACGCUUUACGGAACGCUGUGUAGCUCGUCAUGUGCAUAAUGCAGACGUUUAUUGAACCAAGAAACGUACAUGCAUAUAUAUGUUAUUAUAUGGAUACACAUGAAGAUUAAUACACAGAUUACGGGAAGUAUGCUCUCUCUGAACCGAAUAUAAAUGAUGAUCCAUGAUCUGAGAAAAAAAUGUAGUUUUAGAGAAAGAGAUACCUCGAACUGAUCUUAUGAUUAGGAGAGGAACGAGAAGUCGAAUGAGAAGUCAAUGAUGUGCGGAUUGACUUGAGUCAAGCGUAUUUGCGAUCUUGUCGUCAGUAAAUUAGUAAAUGUGCUUUCGAGUCACGAGUGACCACAACGAACACACAUGCCUGUGCCUGCUUCGCUCUCUUUGUCUCCCUCCGCCAGUGUACUCGCGAUCUGAAGCGAGUAUCUCGAGCGUGAAAAUCCAUCUUACUACCAGCGUACGAAUUCCCUGAUGCAAACGAUCAAUCAUUCUAGAUAACACAUCAGAUGAAGAAUCAUCGCGUUCUACUCGCGUUACGAUGCUCUUUUAGACCUAGUCCAACUUUGUACGACUGUAUACACACAAUCACAUAUUGUCCGAGCUUAUAAUCUCUAUUGCACGAGCGUCGCCGGAUUGAAAACAAAUGUGUGUAUCGCCCAUUUCUAUCCAGCACGUUUCGUCGAUUUGCAAAGAGAAAGUGAGAAUAAAAUCUUGUACACGCGCAAAGUGAGUGAUUCUCAAGCGUGAAAAAAGAAAAGAGAAAAUGCGCAAAAAUGUUUUAUCAGUUUCGAUAUUGUGCGAGACCGAAUGGAAUUUUUCUAAUAUAUUAAGUUCAAACAUCGUGCUAAGUUGCAACCAUUUGAGAAGGCCCACUUCGGCGCGUGCCAGUGACCCACGAACGUAACAACUUUGAACGAAUCACAUAUUUUAUACCACAUAGACCUAAUGACGACACCGCCAUAUAUUUCUCUCCUUUUCCCCGUAAUUACUCUAGACACAAUUUCUACUCCACGACCACGCGUUGUAUUGUUUCUAUAUAUGAUUACAGAUCCUCGUAAUCUUAAUAAAGGCGUUCCUCUGCCAGUUGAUUACUGAUCAGCAGGGCCGCAUACGAUGACCAAGAGUGCAUAUUAUACUAACGACAACAUAACACACGCGAGCACAAUAAAACACACGCAGAAAACUUUUGAUCUACCUUUACCUAUUUACCUCUUUCUCACGUGACACACGAUCCUUCUCUGCCGAUGUAACAUCAUCGGAGAACGACUGAACGUUCGAAAGACUGAACGGUCGAUCCAAGAUAUCCUGGGAAAAUGAGACUCAAGUGUUCGCGCACUGGUUACAAGACGCACUAAAAAAAGGAAAGAAAAAGAGUAAGAAGCGCGUGAUCAAAACUGUCGACUAGGCAGAGUAUAGUGUGACACUUAAUGAGAAUUUGAAACUGACACAGUUCCAAUGAGUUUAAUUUUCCACGUGAUGCGAAACGGACGUGAUGUAGACGUUGCAAGAUAGACUUUGCUAAACCUCAUAAACUUAUCACGAGUGAACAUAGAGUCCGUUUUCGGAUGCAUGUAGUAUGAAAUCUUAGCAAGAUCCUAGUUUGUCGGGAUUGUUUCUCGAUCCCACGAUGUCGACGAAGCACAAAGUAUCAAGUCAACAUGCAGCACUACCGGCUUUAUUAGGGUAGUCUCGAAUUUGUACAUUCAAUGCGACACAUAGUAACACGUUGCGUACGAUUAGCGUUGCUUAGAGCGUAAAUUAGAUUAGGCGUAAUCAUGUGAUAUUAAGUAAAAAAAAAA